AUGAUUCUAGAAGAACUAUUUGGUAGUUGUGUGGCCCUUGUCUCGCGUUUAAUAAUUCAAACACCGCCGAUAUCCCGAGAAAAUCUGCAAAGGGAAUACACGUUGAUAUCCGUGCCAAAUCCUGAACAAGACGAAGUAUACGAUGGCUUAAUACACCGUGAGUAUGAACAAGAGGCACUGACCGAGGUGCCUUAUUAUGAAGAUGGGACAUUUGUUUCGAUGCAAGCUCAUGACACAAGGCGAAAUUCCUUCGAAUCAUUUAUCCGAAGUUUGAAGGCAAAUGUCGGAUUAAUAAUUUCGGUUGUUGUCAUAUUAGGUUCGCUUACAGUUGGAGUCGUCUUCGUGGACUUGAAUUCAAAUGACGCUUGUAUAGAAUGGAUGCACAAAAAUCUUAGUGUUCCAGCGCACGUACAGACAGUACGGAUUGUUAGAAUGUCUGUCAAAUUACUGCCGUUGUUUUUAUGGUUUCCAGCAUGCAUCGCCUUGUUGUGGGGUUUCCGAGAGUUCAAAAAGAAUUACCUUGCGUGUUUAUUUUUUUGCGCGUUUGUUCCAAGAUCCAUAACCUGUGUUUAUAGAAUUAUUAUGCUGGAUAAGUUCACAAAAGUCGCUUACAACCCAUACAGGUUAGUAAGUAAACUGGUUUAUAUAAUAGUAUAUGAACACUAGUUUGUAAAUAUUCUAUAAAAUAUUUGUUGAAUUUUACGAUAGUCACUUGGAAUUUGAAAGAGAAAAAUAUCUCUACGUUUUGAGAAGAGUUUGGUGUGUAUAUAUAGAUUAGAGGAAUGGAUUGGAAACGUAAUUUGGCAACGUAUGGAUGCUAUCCAUAAUAUAUACGACCUGCACAGUCUAUACAAUCACAAUCACAUCUUCUUUUGAAACGGAAAACAGCAUAGCAAUGAAAUUAAUAAUCUUUUUCUAGCUUUGUCACUGAGGAAUCAGUCUUUCAUAAAUCUUGUAAGAGAAGAAACAUUUGCUUCCGUCGACAAUAUACGCACAUUUCAUGACAGUAUCUUAAAUCUGUUAUCAGAGAAUGAGACCUCCGAAACGACAAUUUAGCAAUUUAACAUACGGAAUCACGAGUUAUGGGAUUACAGGGAACUGACUAGCAUUUAUUGAAAAUUGUUGUCAAACAGGAUUGUAAAAAGCUACAACUUAUAUUUUCGUUCCGUAGACAUAAUUAUUUCAAAAUUAUUUCAUUUAAAAAGCGUAAAAUAGUACUAAUUCCUUAAUAAUUAUUAUUUAACAAAUACUUUUAACAGAGUUAUAGUCAAUAUCACAGAUGCCGCGAAUGAUCGACGACGGUUUAGGAAAUUGGUUGAAAACUUUUGACGAAGAUGUCAACAAGAUUUUUCUCUUUCACAAUCGAAUGGUUGUCGUGAAAUUCAAAUUCAUUAAUGAGAAAUCAUAAGCCCACUAAUUAUGACCUCACAAAUAGACACACUGACUUAGCCCUUCCAGGGCAAAGAAGAGAAUUUCACCAGUAAUUUUUCAAGUACAGCGGGCUAAACUCACAUUGAUUCAGUAAUUGCUAGGGAGGGAGGGAGGGAGGGAGGGAGGGAGGGCAGUGGGCACUUUGCGAAGUGGCGCCACUGUUUGUGACAAUUUUCUUUGUUUUUGUACAGAUUACCAGCCAAUUUUCUAUAUAUGUCUUCUAUUGCCUGUGGUGCUUACCUAGUUUCUCGUAAAUUCAAGAAAGUCAACCCGGCAACAUCGUACAGUGUGUUCCGCAUUUUUUUCAUUCUUUCGUUGGUUUUCCUAAGUUCCUGCUUAUUUUCCUAUAUCUACACGUUUAUUAUCAUCAAGUAUUUUAGAGAAAUUGAAGGCAAAAUAAAGAAAGCCAUAAUCGCCGCACUCACACCCGGGAUUAUCUUCCCAGGGACUGCAUUCGUAAAAUAUCUUAUUAUUAGAAAAAGUUCGGAGAUUAUUACACCAGAUCGCGCUUUUGUAUUAUGUUAUUUCAUGCGCGGGGCCACGAUCGUUCUAUACCGAACUAUGCAGUCUGGUUUUCAAAAUAUCUGGCUUUUCGUUGGUUUAUCACUGUUACAUGGCGUCUCAAACGUUCUGAGUAAGGCAACUCUCAACGUUCGUAUAAAACUUUGGAGGUUUUUCAUAAAACAUAUUAACAAAAGAUGCUGUGGACCAAGAUUGGAAGUACAACCUUUAAAUUCGCCACGUAUUCGUCGAUUCAACGCAGAUCUUGAACUUCAGAAUAUCUUGUUCGAGUACACCACGGUCAUCUUAAGUCAGGCGUAUUUAGCAUGUUAUCUUGUAAUGAGCUACGAUAUCCCAUCCUGGCAAGUGAUAAAAGCUUCCUUAAUCAGGGUAACGAUAAGUUUGGCCAUAGAUUUUGCAUUCAAUAUUAUGUCUGUGUUCAUUCAGAUUCACUUUUAUGACAUUCCGAUGCAAAGAAUUUGGAUGAAGUACUGGAGACGACAUGUCAUUGCUAACGCUAUCAUGAUCAUCGUUUUUGUAGCAUAUUUUGGUACAGUGCUCAUCAGGGUGGUCGCAGACGACAAUUACACUUGGAAAGCAUACAGACUUAGAAAUUGUACAACAAUAUUUUAA